AUGCUUGCCACCACCAUCUUCGCUACCCUCCUGGCCCUCGCUGCUGCCGCUCCCCACGGACCCAGCCACGGCCCCAGUGUCAAGACUGGCGACAUUUGCGGCAACGGCAACACGAUGCAUUGCUGCAAUGACGAGUCUGUCACCAACAAACUCACUGGCCCCAGCGUUCUCAGCGAUCUUGAUCUUCGCAAGCUCCUCGCUUCCGAGUGCAGCCCGAUCUCCGUCAACGUUCUUCUCAACCAGCUUGUCCCAAUCGACAACAAGUGCAAGCAGCAGAGCAUUUGCUGUGGCGAGCAGAAGCAAAACGGUCUUGUCAACCUUGGCUGCACUCCCAUCACCGUCCUCGGAUAA